AUGGCAAGUGAUGGUGUAGAAAAGACGAGUGAGGAUCCUUUGCAACCUGGGAAAGUCGGUACCAGAUAUGACCUGGAGAAGGAGACAGAACUUCGGUUUGAGGUAGAGGCUGGGGAGACUGCAGAGCAGGUUGAAUUGGAGCUCCUCACGGGAAUGGCAGAAGUGUUUGGCUCAGAACUGAACAGGAACAAGAAGUACACUUUUGGACCAGGUGCCAAAAUCGCAGUAUUCACCUGGCAUGGCUGCAGUGUGAACCUUUACGGGAAGCCCGAGGUGGCUUACGUGUCCAAAGACACUCCCAUGCUUCUUUACCUGAACACACAUGCGGCACUGGAGCAGAUGAGAAAACAGGCAGAGCGGGACAAUGAGCGAGGACCAAGGGUGAUGGUGGUGGGUCCUACGGACGUGGGCAAGUCGACAGUGUGUCGGCUGUUACUGAGCUACGCCGUGCGAGUGGGCAGGAGGCCCACGCUGGUGGAACUGGAUGUCGGCCAGAGUGGGGUGUCAGUACCGGGGACCGUUUCAGCACUUUGCAUUGAGCGUCCAGCUGAUGUGGAGGAGGGCUUCUCGGUACAGGCUCCACUCGUUUAUCACUUUGGCUCAACUUCUCCAGGGACCAACAUCAAACUUUACAAUAAGCUGACAUCCUGCCUGGCUGAGGUGUUCUCCCAGCGCUGUGAGGUGAACAGGAAAGCCAGUGUUGGUGGCUGUAUCAUCAACACAUGUGGCUGGGUGAAGGGCUCUGGUUAUCAAGCUCUAGUCCACUGUGCCUCCGCCUUUGAGGUGGACGUGGUGCUCGUACUGGACCACGAGCGGCUGUACAACGAACUUAAACGAGAUCUCCCUCACUUUGUCCGUGUUGUUCUCCUACCAAAGUCGGGGGGAGUGGUGGAGCGCUCCAAGGAGUGCCGACGCGAGGUUCGGGAUGAGAAAAUCCGCGAAUACUUCUACGGCUUUCGCGGCGUGUCCUUCUACCCUUUUUCAUUCGAAGUGCGUUUCUCUGAUGUGCGCAUCUAUAAAAUCGGGGCACCUUCCAUCCCAGACUCGUGUCUGCCACUGGGAAUGUCUCAAGAUGAUACCCAACUCAAGCUGGUUCCUGUGACACCUGGUAGAGAUCUCACCUAUCACGUGCUGAGUGUCAGCAGUGCAGAGGAUGGAGACGAAGGGACAAGAAAGGGUAUUGUGGAGAGUCCGGUGUGUGGCUUUAUUGUUGUGACCCAUGUGGACACGCAAUUGCAGGUGAUGAAAGUGUUGUCCCCUUCACCUCGACCACUGCCCAGACACACGCUGCUCAUCAUGGAUAUACGUUUCAUGGACACCAAAUGA